UGAUAAGUGCCAGUCUGUGGUGGACUUUGUAUAGUCGACCACAUGAAUUUGCGCUCGCCGGUGUUUACAUUAUGUGCUGGUGUGAUGGUCGCUGCGCACACCUGUAUCGUUCCGUUCUAAACUGAGUGUUCUCACCUGGUUGUGGCCUUCGUUAUGUGCACCUGCCCGAGUCUCUGAUGGUAAAUGGGCCAAUAUAACAGAUUAUCGCAACAAUCAAUGUGCACAGACACAGUGACACACGUAUUAUCUCCAGCCUGAGUUACCAUAAAAAAAAGAGAAUAGUAGAGGUCCGAGAGUAGAGAUCGAUCAGACAUGUCCGGGGCAACAGUGAAUUCCGGUGUGGGCGAGAAGCCACAGUCUGCCUUCAGUGCCGUCGUCAGGAAGAGCUAUUCUUCCUUCUCUGUGGACUCCAUCUUGAGUGGCGGUGAAUCUCGGCCCGCGAGACACACAGAAGAAGGCCAUGAAGGUGAUCACAGAAGUCCUCUGAGCUGCCCGGGCUCCACACACACGGCAGAGUUCCUCCUGCGAGAUGACCGCUCAUCCGAGUCCUGUAAGAAGGACAGGGACACCACAGAUCGAACGUCGCCGUCGUCGCCAGGGUGCGACGACGAGGACAGAGACGAGGAUAUCCACGUGGACACAGACACCGAGGACGAGAAGGAGCGAGAGCGAGACCGUCUACAGACCCAGCCAGUGAUCAGACCCACGGCCCUGGGGCCCUUACAGGACCCUCGCCUCUCAGGUCUGGGGCACUCUGGCCCUCCUCCUCCACACACACUGUUCCCACCACACCUGCAGGCGGGGUUGUGGCCAUCCCUGCCCCUCCUGCACCACCAACUCUCCCUCCGCGCCCUAGCCAAAACCCCGGAGCCUCCGAGGUUCCACGGGCCGAUGAAGGUGACGCUGAGGAAGCACAAGCCCAACAGGAAGCCUCGCACACCCUUCACCACCCAGCAGCUCCUCGCCCUGGAGAAGAAAUUCCGGGAGAAGCAGUACCUGAGUAUCGCCGAGCGGGCCGAGUUUUCCGCCUCCCUCAACCUGACGGAGACGCAGGUCAAGAUCUGGUUUCAGAACCGUCGAGCUAAAGACAAACGCCUUAAGGAGUCCGAGAUGGAACGGCUUCGUUUAGCAUCGGAGCCGCUGGUACCACCCAACCCGUUCCUGCCUCCCGCCUCACUCCUACCGCCCUUCCUGCUCAACAGUCCGUUCAUCCAGGGCGGUCUCCGCCACCCUCUGGGACCGCCCACAGCACCGCCGCCCACCGCCUCCCCGCCCACCUCGCACUAGCAUCUGCAGGUCUGUUUUUCCUGGUACCCCAUCUCACCCUCCCAUAGGUACCUCCUCCAGGUACCUCUCCCUCUUCCCCGGUACCUCUGUCCCGGUACCAUUCACCCCGGUACCUCCUCGGUAAGCCACCGCUACUAGUCACGUCCCAGAAGUCGUCGUCUUCGUCGUCAUCGUCGUCAGUGCCUCCCGCAUGACCGAGUCCACGACAUGCACGUCCCGACCCCCAGUGCAUGAGAGAUUUGUUACCCAAGUGAUAUAUAAUUAUCUAUAACGCUCGGCUCUUGGUCCCUGGAACUCGGUGCAUACUUAAAACAAAUAAUUAUGAACCUCGAACGAACAUGUACAGUAUAUUAACCCGUGUAUGGUGUACGAAGGAACUGUAUGUGCCCGCAUCCUGUAUGGCGGAACUGUAUCACCCAAUAAGGUGUAUGAACAAAAUGUAAUAUAUAUAUAUAUUUUUUUUGGUUGCCCGUUUGGUGUACUGUAUGAUACAGCCUUGUUGUGUACACACUGUCGUGGUUUAUAUAAGUCUCCCGAAACUGUGUCUAAAAUGCCACUUGAUAAUCUAGUUACGCCACUGAUCAUCUCGUCUCUCUCUUGGUGAAAAUAUUUUAACACCUUGAAAGACACAGGAAAAACAACAACAAUAUCAGCCAACAACAAUAACAACGUAACUUAAAUAGCCUGCAUAAAUAAAUAACGAAAAAUCGAAGACAAACGUACAAUCAGUCCCCUUUCUCGCGUUGCCUUCAUAUAGUUACGAGAAGAUGAAAGAAAUAAAAUUAAAUCUACACCUUUUUGUCCAAUCAAUCAAGAAUUAACCAACAAUUCAAAUUAACAUGUUAAAUUAUAGAUUACAGUGAAAGAUAAAUUAUAGUUUUAUCCCCUUUCUCACUGACAUCUAUUUGUAACUACAAUAAGGACUAUUUUUACCAUAGAACUCUCCUUGACCCAUUCAAACGCCCGUCAAUUUAACAUGUUAAGAUUAUGGCGUUCAUAUGACUUCCCUACACACACACACACACACACCCAUGACAUGAUAAAUUUAUUUUGUUCAUUGUUAACCAAUACUUUCUGAGCUAUAUCCCCCCUCUGUACAUAAUGUAUAAUGAGCUGUACUUGUAUAACGAAUUGUACUUGCUUGCCAAAGAGCGUAAUAAGGGUUAAAUUGUUUAUCUUGUUCAAUCUAAUUUAUAUUAAUAAAGGUAUUUUUAUAAU